UCGAUUGGACCACAAGCUGUCAGUCGCGGACUUCUUUUGAACACUCUCGAUGGUGUUCCAAAUAUCUGUCAUCAGUCACGACUGCACGACAAUUGGUCUAAACUUGUAGCUCACGCAGGGCUCCUGCUGCCAGCCAGUCUUUCCGGAUGACCAAGUACAAAGUCUUUGUGAUGAGGCAUGGAGAAGGGGCCUGGACCAAAGAGAACCGCUUCUGCAGCUGGGUGGACCAGAGGCUGAGUGAGGAUGGGGUAAAGGAGGCCCUAGCGUGCGGUCACCUCCUAAGAGAGGCAGGCUACCACUUGGAUGUGGUCUUCACAUCCCUGCUUAGCCGCUCCAUCCACACAGCCUGGCUGCUACUAGAGGCCAUGGGGCAGGAGUGGGUCCCAGUGGUGAAAUCGUGGAGGCUGAAUGAGCGCCAUUAUGGUGCUCUGAUCGGGCUCAACCGUGCCGAGAUGGCCCUAAACCACGGCGAGGAGCAGGUGAAACAGUGGAGGAGGAGUUACGACCUCACGCCGCCGCCUAUCGACAAAUCACACCCUUACUUUUUGGAGAUCUACAACGACCGGCGGUAUUCUACUUGCGAUAUUUCUAAAGAGGAUCUCCCUAAGUCGGAGAGCCUGAAGGAUGUCUUAGAGAGGCUCCAGCCAUACUGGGAUGGCACCAUUGUGCCAGAGAUCAAACAGGGGAAAUCGGUGCUCAUCUCUGGGCAUGGGAAUAGCUGCAGGGCACUGCUGAAACACUUACAAGGUAUAUCAGAUGCUGAUAUCGUCAACGUGACGUUACCCACAGGAACACCCAUUCUGAUUGAGCUGGAUGAGAACUUCCGGCCCACCAAACCCAUGCAGCUCCUGGGAGACCAGGACGCCAUCCAGGCAGCCAUCAGGAAGGUGGAGGAUCAGGGGAAGGUCAAACAAACACCCUGAUUGGCCUGAAUCUAGUCAACUGGAUUCUAGUCAUUCUAGAUUCAAAAAUCUAGACAACUGAAUUAUAUUCAUUAUACAUACUAGUGAUUUGCAGAAUCUAAUCAACUGUAUUCUAGUCAUUCUGGAGUAGAUUCUAGAAUCUAGUCAACUGGCUGUAAGACUAAUAUACGAAUUUUCCCAAGCCUGGGCUAGCACUUAUUUAGUUGCCUGUUAUGCACCAUUAAUCAGAUUCACUCAAAGCUGAAUUCUUGAUUUAAUUAAAUCAAUAUUAAGUACAUGCUAUUGUAGUCAGUAAGUCUUAGUGAAUUGACUAUAUACAUAAUCGUGGUAUGAACUUAACUCAGGCUACACUAUUGGGUGCAACAAGGAAACAAAAUAAUAUUGUUCAUACAGAAAUAAGUGGUGUGCUGAAGGGAGUUACAUUAACAGGCAUAUUUAUCAUUAACAAGCAUAUUUGGUAAAUCUGCUGACUAAGUGUGUAUUGAGGUAUUUUGCCAUUAAAGGAAUAGCAGCAUGUGAAACCAUCAAAUGUUCCUUUAAAAAAAAAAAAAACAUUUUCAAACCUCUGUCACGUGCCUUCACUGCCAUUAUUCUCAAUUUCAGUAGGAUUUUGCGAUGCAAUUUUGUUAGUUCUUACAAGUGAAUUAUGACUGACAGAAUAUAGAAUCUAGCAGUAGAAUAUGAACCAGCACUUAACAGGUACAAAUUGUUAUUUAUCAAGAAACUUUAAAAGCACUUCAUAACAAGUAUUACCUCAUUGAGACUGACAGUCAGGCUAUUCAUUCCAAGACCGGUCGGUGAUUGUGUGAUCAAAGCUUCUUUUAGUACAUUAAUGCUGUAAAUGUGUUGUUGAAAAAGAUCGGUCAAACUUGAUAAGAACAUGUCCGCUCAUAUGCUACAUGCUAGUUUAAGAGAAGUUCAUAGUUCACACCCUCUUCACACCAAAUUCAUUAACAGCCAAUCGUAUCCAUUUAUUGUUGCUUUUUUUUAUCCAAAAGAUUCAAGUCAUUCAUUUGUAAACUUGGAAAAGAGGGAACAACCUCAUAAUAUAAGUGUUCUUAAUAAGUCCCAAGUAAAGGAAGUGGAAUUGCUUUGCAAACCUUCAUAUAUUCUCUCUGAGUAAUAUUAACCUGAAAUUCACCAAUGUACUCAUCGAACGGCAAAAACUCCCCAGUGUCGUCUACCAAAUCACAUACAAAAUUAAUACCCUUGUCAUUGCCUUUGAAAAUGGAUUUCCUAUUAAUUUAAUAACUCUAUUAUUCCAAAUCAAUGUUUUGUGGGGGGGAAAAAUUGUGCUUGAAUAUCAUUUUCCAGAAAAACAACAUUAGCUGUUGAAACUUAGACAAUUUCACAGGUAAUUUUGGAGGGUCAAAAUCACAUUUCUUUAGGAAUUCAAGUCCACCAAGUUUAUUAAACAGACUGUUAGGGAUAUGAUACCACAUAGAGGUAGGAUAAGACAGACAUAAUAUCAACCAUUUAAUUCUAAAAGCAACCAUUCAACAAAUCAAGAAAUAAUUCUGGGACUGACUUGGGUAAAUGGUUCUAGAUAAACCAUCGGUCUUGGACAAAAGAAUUACGACCCAAGAUUGAGAUAUCACAUUGCUGCCACGGACUUAAUGAAACUCUCAUGGAAUUAAUCCUAUUAUCGAUGUUUAAAGAUUCUCUAUCUGAAACGUUUUUAGUGAUAACAAUUCCUAAAUAUUUAACUUCCCUUUUUAACAGGCAAUGUGACGGAGUCACAGCAAAGAAUUGGCAUGAGAUCACAUUUGUUAAGGUUGAGAGUCAACCCAGAGGCCAUAGAAAAUGUCUUGAUUCUGUCAAUAGCCAAGGGAAUAGAUGCUCUAUCCUUUAGGAAAAGGGCAGUAUCAUCUGUAAAUGGACUGAUAUUUAUAUCUUUACCAAAAAUACGGAUUCAUUUUAAAUUCUCAGAUUUGUUUAGAAAUAUGGCUAGUAGAUCUGUGGCUAAAAUAAAGAGAUUGGACAACCCUGUCUAAUUCCUCUAGCAAUAGAGAAACAAGGGGAUGUACCAUUACUAAUAGCCAGCGAACUGCUAUUAUCAUUAUAUUGUACAUUAUCCUUAUCACUUAACAGAAAUCCUCCCAAAACCCAAAAGUAGAGAGUUCUAAGUUACAAGUUGUUCGAAAGUGCCCAAAAGCAUUUUUAAAAAUCUAAAAACAAUAUAAAUCUAGGUGAAGAGAGUCCUUCUUUGGUUUGGGUAUAAGAACUAUUAGUCCCUGUCACAAAGGAGGUGAUAAGAUAGCAUUAGCAAUACCCUCUUUGUGGCCCGAAAGCAAUAACUCUAAAUCACGCCAAAAAUGUUGAUAGAAUUCAGGAGUCAUGCUAUCUGGUCCAGGAGAUUUACCUAUAGGCAUUUGUUUAAUGGUUUAGUCCAACAAAGUAAUAUCUAUAUCAGAAUCACAGAGUUUCUUAAACCUUUCUUCUAUAGGGUUAACAGAGUUAUGAACUGAAUCAAAAAAGGAAUUCAAGUCGCCUUCUGAAAGAUGAGAUUGAUAUAGUGAAGUGUAGAAAGAGUAUUUUGUUAUUAAUCACUUCACGAUCAACAGAUAGUGUCAUUUACAUAAAUGGGUGUAAUACUAAAUGAAAUAAAUAAGAUGUUUUUUUUCACCUUUUUCAAUCCAUUUGGCCUUUGAACAGAUGAAGGCACCCUGUUCCCUUUUCAUCUUCAUUUAAAUCAAGUUUAUUGCUCAGCCUGUUAAUAUCAACAUCUGCUUGGAUAAUCUUUUCUUAGCAUUUUACCAGUAGUGAUGGCAAGACAUUGAUUUCUGAAUUUAAUAAUUUCCCAUUUGUUAGUAGAAGAAAGAGCAGGAUCGAGACAGGUCCCUCUGAUAAGAGCUUUAGACUGUAAACAAAAUGGCUCAUUCUUUAAAAGAAAAGAUGCUUUUGAAAAUCUCUUGUCAUUAUCAAAAGGAAAGAAUAAUGGAACAGUGGCCUGUCAGAGGAUCUGAGGAAAUACUACAUUCACUGACAAGAUUCAUAAGAUUGGAAGAUACCAACCAAUGAUCAAUUCUAGAUUUGAAUUGUCUGUCGCUAGUUAUAGAGUUGAACCAAGAACAAUGUUCUAAAGUUGGAUUCUGUGAACGCCAAAUGUCGGAAAGUUGGGAGCAGAAAUGUAGAAUUAAGUUAUUAAAACAAUGGGCUGAAUGCCUGACGGGAUACUUGUCCAUCCAGUCACGAGGAGCAACAUUAUAAUCGCCUCCAGCAAUAAUGUUAUCUGUGGAAUAUUUGUUUUUCAAUUCAAUUAAGACUUCACUAAUAGAUGUUAGAAGAAUGACUAUGUUAUAACCAUAAAUAUUUACCAAUAUGUAACAUGACCCUUUUUUAAAUAUUUGAAAACAUGACUUAUCCAGUGACCCUCAGCAUCACACCUGCUUUCUUAAACUGUACCUGGAAACUGUCUGAAAAGUAUUCCCACACCAGCAGAAUGAGAUGAGCCAAGGCUAAAAAUGAUCUUGUCACCCCAUUGUGAAGUCCAAAAUUUGAAGUCCGUAUCUGAGGAACGUGUCUCUUGAAAAAAAAAAAACAAUUGGCCUUUUUAAUGAAUCUUUACAAAAACAAAAAUUGCCUUUGGUACGUAAACCCCUGGUGUUCAAUUGGUACGUAAACCCCUGGUGUUCAAUUGGUACGUAAACCCCUGGUGUUCAAUUGGUACGUAAACCCCUGGUGUUCAAUUGGUACGUAAACCCCUGGUGUUCAAGAAUAAAAAGCAAAGAAAUGUUGACGAGCAGAGUAUCCGAGAUAGAGUUGUCUAGAAUAAACAAGGGACCCUGAAUAUAGCAUAAGCCCUUGAAAAAUGUACUUGACGAACAGUAACGACCAUAAAAGGAAAAUAAAUGGAUAGACCGUGUAAUAACACAUAUUAUAUUAAUAGUUUAGAUCUUCAAUUAAACUCUCAAACGUAAAAUAAAAACAUAUCUGACAGCUAAUCAUCGCCAUAUGAAAAAUAAAUGGAGAUUUACUUACAUAAUAUCAAUCUUGAAACCAAAUGAAAUUACUAAAAGCUAACUGAUUUCUUAGUAUGCCAUCAAAUGAGAAUCACAAAUCAGUGGUGCUUACGUUGGUUAAUUUUCACAUUCAAUACUCGCCACUACGGACAGUAUGGCCCUAUGCAAUAUCACCUAUAUGCGGUGUUCAGAUAAACGAUUGCAUGAAUAAACUCACCAGUUGAAACGGUAUAUGGCUUCAUUAGCCUACUACUGUAUAAGCAGGCCAACUCAUGAAGCAUAAAUCAGUCACACGUGGCUCCACCCUGCGGUCGUCAAUGACAGCAAACCCCUCGCGAAAGGAGGCUUUUUUUUCUCCCUGCGUCUUGCCCCAUCGACUUGUGGCCACAGCCUCGCAUGGGCAUCCCUGUCGCGCUUGCUGAAAUCUUCUGCAAAGCGAGUGCCUUUCUCCCUGAAGAUCGGCGCAAGUUUGGCAGCUCUCCACACCUCGUCUCUCACGUUCCUUAACGCAAACAUCAUGAUGACUUUGUCUGUGUCUGUUCAUCUCCUUUCUCUUAUCUCCGAGACGGUGUACAACAUUUACAGCGAUGUUCAGGAUAGCAGGGAGAUAUGGAACAACCUUCCCAAUAAUGUCAAUCACAAUCCCUCUGAUAUUCUCACCAUCAGUUUCAGGUAGCAUGUUCAGUCUCAGCCCCCAUCGGCGCUUGUAUCGGUCCUGUUCAUCACUGGCUGUGCGCAGCUCCUCGUUUUCUUUUGUCAGGGCAUCAACUUUAUUUUUCAACAGCUUCACAUCAGUGGUAAUAUCCUUAAUGCCUGCUGCAUUAAACUCUGUAGUUUUGUGGGGUUUCGAAGGGGUUAUUUGGACACCUGUACCGAAGACUAAUUCCUCCAACCUCGGUACCAUUAAUUCUGGGAGAGUGUCAGAAUCUUCCAUAUAGAUGACAGCAUCUACUUCGGUUACGACAGCUCCCUCUACAUUUUUGCUAGCUUCCAUCUCAGCUAAUGUUACUAGCUAGCUAGUCUUCGCUGAACUUGCUUGAAGUAUAACAAAGUGGAAAAGUGAUGUUCGGUAAACCAAAAAAAAGACAGCAAAAAUUCAGAGCAUCAAUGUUGUUGAGAAAUGUAGCAAAACCUUUGUAGUUCUCGAUUGCUAAUGUUGUCUUACACUGCGGUAGACAGGACUAUCAAGACAUACUGAGCAGCUCACGUUAUAGACAGAAGCAUGCUACAUGGCAGACCAAUCCAAACUCAUCUCCCGGCAUGUCCAGCCCAUCCAUUAUCUCAGCCAGUGUUACCUUAAAAGUGAAAGUAUUCUUAACAUAGUUUAGGUUAUGUGAACAGCACUGCAUUUUCAAUUGAAUACAGUGCUACUAAAGAUGUUUUAGAUUUGUACAUUAUUUGGAUACUAUUAUUCAGGGCCGGUCCUGGCUGUUCUGGCGCCCUAGGCGAAACAAAAAGUGGCCGCCACUACAAGAAUAAUAACCCAACUUCAAGACGUUGAAGUUGGGUUCAAUUUAAGCUCUGAAUUAAUGUUUAAAAUAGGUAUUUUAUGGAUGUUUAAAUCAGGUACAUUUUUGGUUCUGAAUGAAACCAUAUGUCUAGACCGGAAAAAAUCGGAGCCAAACAUAGACCAAAAAGUCAACUUUGACAUUGUGUGUAGGCCAGUGACAGAAAUCUAAAUUCAAUACAUUUCGAAUUCAGACUAACUCAACAAAAUGUGGAAAAAUUCAAGGGGUGUGAAUACUUUCUGAAGGCACAUUGUUUGUGGCGCAUUGAAGGCGCAUUACUGUGAUGUUUUUUGUUGUUGUUUUUUUACACAGGGAAGAUACUUUGUUAGUGUGUCUCAUUUUGUAUUGUCUGUCUGUCUGAUAUUUUUUUUUAACGUGCUGUCCAUCUGUCAUAAUAACCAUCGUAUUUGUUGUUGUGGUCUUCAGGUCAUUAGGGAAAUGAUGACUAAUAUUAUUAGUUCAUCACUAAAACCAUAAAUGUGUAAAUAUAUUGAUACUACAAAAUACUGUAGUCAUGUCCUGUAAUAUUUUCUGUAAUGUAUUAUCCCCACGGUUAUACUAAAUGUUCAGUGAUGACAUUAAGUAUUAAACUUAGUUUGAAAACUUGA